AUGCAGUCCACCUCGUACUACGUCUUCCCUGCCGUCGCAAUUCUUCUUACCUUCGUGCUAUUUCUACGCUCGAAGGGUCGCAGAUCUUUGGUACAGAGGAUUCGUGGACCUCUAAGUCCUUCAUUUCUCUUAGGUCAUGAAUACCUCUUGCGUAAUCGCCAACAUGUAGGGGAUAUGGAAACACAGUGGUGUCAAGAAUACGGGGCUGUAUACCGCACUAAGGGCUGUUUCGGGCAAAACAUUUUGUCUGUCGCUGACCCCAAGGCAUUGCAGUAUAUUUUUCAUUCAUCUGGAUACCGAUUUCGCAAGACAAGAGACUCCUACCGUGCCCUACAGGCUAUGGCGGGACAAGGCUUAGUUGGUGUGGACGGCAUCGGCAAUGAAGAGAAGAUCAGCGAGCGUGUUGGGGAUGCCAAAGAGCUCAAUAUGCUUGAAUGGGGAGCCAAGACUACACUGGAUAUUAUAGGCAUCACCUCUUUCCGAUAUCAGUUCAAUUCACUCGGCGAUGGAAACACCAAGUUGAUGGCGGCGGUCAAUAAUCUUUUUAGUGAAGCUGCUAGGUCGCCGACAUCACUGGAGCUUCUGUAUCCCGCUCUCUGGCGCCUACUCCCCGGUUGGCUGCUUAUACCACUCGGGUGGAUACCCAGUCGACAGAUUUCGAGACUGAAUUUCUUUAAAAACGUCGCGAUGAAGGUAUCUAGGCCCAUCUUCGAGAAACAGCUGAAAGAAGUGGCUGGCGAUGUCGAUCCGGCAGAGAAGGACAUCGUUAAUGUUCUCGCGAUAUCUUAUCUCAAUGAUGAUGUGAAGAAGAAGAUGAGUGAUAUAGAAAUCGACUCUCAGUUAGCUCUUCACCCAGAAGAUCAACGAAAGAUACGUGAGGAGAUCACGCAAAUCAAAGCAAACACCCCGGGAACGCUUACCUCGGAUGAUUAUGAUUCAAUGCUUUGGCUUAACGCGUCUAUUAAAGAGGCUCUCCGUCUCCACCCCCUAGCAUAUGGCCUAUUUCGUGAAUCAUCCCAAGAUGACGUCCUGCCCCUCGCCCAACCUAUCACCACCUCGGACGGCCAAUUGUGUUCACAAAUUCCUAUUCGCAAGGGGCAGGUCAUCCUGACUUCUGUGUAUUCCUACAAUCGGGCAGGGCUCCUGAUUGGGGAUGCUACUAGGCUUCCAUCGGUCUGGGGUGAUGAUGCCGAAGAGUGGAAUCCUAGUCGAUUCCUCGACAAUCGGGACACUAAGCAAUUGUCUGUUGGAGUCUAUGCGAACCUGCUGACAUUCAGUGCUGGUAUUCGUGGAUGUAUUGGCUGGCGAUUUGCUGUCAUGGAGCUGCAAUCUGUGGUGACAGAACUCUUGAGUAACUUCGAGUUCAGCAUGCCGAAGGGAGCUCCGAGAUUACAGCAUGGUCCGGCAGGUCAGACUUUGGGCCCCAUCGUCCUAGGCAAGGCAGAGGAAGGACCGCAAAUCCCGUUGCUUGUAACUCCGCUCAAUAGGUAG